UUGUAGGAUGAGACAUCUGGACCUAUCCUGGCUGGGACUGGGGCCCAUGUCAGCCUCUCCAUGGCUGCUCCUUUCCUUGGUUGGUGUUUCCUGGUUCUUGACCCGCUGCCUCAUCCAGAUAUACACUUUGUAUGCAAAGUGUCAACGUCUCCGUGGUUUCCCUCAGCCACCCAAGAGGAGUUGGUUUUGGGGUCACCUAGGCAUGUCCCCUCCUACAGAAGAAGGCAUGAAGCAGAUGACUGAGCUGAUGGCCAUCUACCCCCAGGGCUUCAUGACCUGGUUAGGCCCUAUAGUUCCCCUCAUCACUUUGUGCCACCCUGACAUCAUCCGAUCUGUCCUCAGCGCCUCAGCUGCGGUUGCUCCAAAGGAUGGCAUCUUCUACAGCUUCCUGAAACCCUGGCUGGGGGAUGGGCUCUUGGUGAGUGCCGGUGACAAGUGGAGCCGCCACCGUAGCAUGCUGACACCUGCCUUCCACUUCAACAUCCUGAAACCCUAUGUGAAGAUUUUCAAUGACAGCACCAACAUCAUGCAUGCCAAGUGGCUGCGCCUGGCCUCAGGGGGUAGCGCCCGUCUGGACAUGUUUGAGAACAUCAGCCUCAUGACCUUGGAUACUUUGCAGAAAUGUGUCUUCAGCUUCAACAGCAACUGUCAGGAGAAGCCCAGUGAGUACAUUGCCGCCAUCUUAGAACUCAGUGCACUGAUCGUGAAAAGAAACGAACAGCUGCUUCUGCACAUGGACCUGCUCUACCGCCUCACACCUGAUGGAAGGCGCUUCUACAAGGCCUGCCGCCUGGUGCAUGACUUCACCUAUGCCGUCAUCCAGGAGCGACGUCGCACUCUGCCCAAGCAUGGUGGUGAUGAUGUCAUCAAGGCCAAAGCCAAGUCCAAGACUCUGGACUUCAUUGAUAUACUGCUACUGAGCAAGGAUGAAGAUGGAAAGGAGCUGUCAGAUGAGGACAUCCGAGCGGAGGCUGACACCUUCAUGUUUGAGGGCCACGACACCACAGCCAGUGGGCUCUCCUGGAUCCUGUACAACCUGGCAAAGCACCCAGAAUACCAGGAGCGCUGCCGGCAGGAGGUGCAGGAGCUCCUGAGGGAUCGUGAUUCUGAAGAGAUUGAAUGGGACGACCUGGCCCAGCUGCCCUUCCUGACCAUGUGCAUCAAGGAGAGUCUGCGGCUGCACCCCCCAGUCACAAUGGUCUCCCGAUGCUGCACACAGGACAUUUCUCUGCCAGACGGCCGCGUCAUUCCUAAAGGUAUCAUCUGCAUCAUCAAUAUUUUUGCAACCCAUCACAACCCAACUGUGUGGCGGGACCCUGAGAUCUAUGACCCCUUCCGUUUUGAUCCAGAGAACAUCCAGGCUAGAUCGCCUCUGGCAUUUAUUCCCUUCUCGGCGGGACCCAGGAACUGCAUAGGACAGACUUUCGCCAUGAACGAGAUGAAGGUGGCACUGGCGCUGACGCUGCUGCGCUUCCGUGUCCUGCCGGAUGACAAGGAGCCACGCCGGAAGCCAGAGCUGAUUCUGCGUGCGGAGGGCGGGCUGUGGCUGCGGGUGGAGCCUCUGAGCGCCCAAGCAUAA